UGAGUGUCUCUUUUUUUAUCAUCAGUUGACUCCUAUCAGUGAGAUAGAUACGAAUAUCAUCGUCAUAAUCAUCCAGCUAUCGCUAUCGCUAUCAUGUAUUCUUUGAAAGCCAUCACUCUAUUGAGCACGCUGCUUCUGGCUGGAGUUGGGAGUGCGAGGUUGAGUACGACUAUCGGUCUAGAGACAGAUGAAGGCAGCCACUCGGUUCAGAUCCCCUUCGAUGACUGUACUCAGGUUGGGCAGUUUGAAGUUCGAGGCGUGUUCCUCUCCAAGACGUGUCGUCUUUUCACUGGAGUAGGCUGCACCGGACGAAACACCCUCCUGCAGCCUGGUGAACAUACCUCGUCGGAGCCGGUUUAUGUCGAUAGUGUGCUGUGCUACCCGUGAAGAAUAUACUUGGUUGUUCUUGGGGUGGUUUGGUCUGGUGAUUUGGGGGUGUAUAAUAGGAGUUGAAGGAUGAGUGGUUGGAAAUUAUGGUGCGAUGUGUCAUACUAGCUGAAUGGUAAUUGUUGAGGUGGAGUUUAUAUCCUAACAUGUUUGUUGAU